AUGACUCUUGGCUCAUCGGGUGCCCCACACCCCACAACCGUCACAAUUGUAAGACAUGGCGGUGUGACCAGCUCAACCACAAGCUGGCUCUCAUCAACCUUGGCACCCCACGACCAAUCAAAUCUGUACCCACCAAUUGGGGUCCAUGAGUCUCACCCUAUGGAAUUUCCCUUGAUAAUGGUCCUCCCCCCCCAAAAGGACGGUUUAUGUUUCACUGCGUAUUCUUCGCCCGUGUGCGCAAAACACACUCGCUCCUCCAAGACAGCGACAAUGCCACCCCAGAAUAAGGAGAUAAAUACUCAGACACUCGUUCAAUUAGGAAUCACACCCCAUCAAUUAAAUGAAUUACGUCGCAUGCAAGGUACGACAUCUACAUCUACCAAUCCAACUCCAAAUUACUCUGCCCCUUGUCGAACAGCUCCAGCGUCGGCCUCGAACCCACACCAGUGGGCUCAGUCCUCAAACACUUUGGGGCAGCGCCUACCCAUUGAAUCGGUGGUUAUGCUCCAGCAAAACCGUGCCGAACGCGAUGCAGCCUCCGCCAAACGCCAGACUCCGAACCUCAUCAACACUGCCAAGAUGGCCACCAUCACGUUGUGGGUCAACUCGGAUUAUGUGAAGCCCAUUGCUGCCUUUUUUCAUCAGUGGCCGUUAGUUUACCUUGAACAAAGCAAACUCCUUUCGCAGGCGGUUACUGCAGCGGUGGGUCCACUUUGGGACAGUGCUCUAAGCAUCUGGGACUACUCAUUAAAUACCUGGCUCAACACCAUGGUUAAUUACCCGCACCAAAUCCCAGAAGGCCAACGAUCCAUUAUUGUACGACUCCCCAAUGUCGACGUCCCCCAUUCUUCACUGCCGUCCUUGAAAUUGAAAGUCUUGAGUCAAACACAAACCAACACCAGUAAUCGGUCCAUCCCGACAUUGGAGUUUCUAUCUGAUAUGGAGCUUCCCCCCAUAUGCAACUCCGCUUCCGGUCUGCCACCUCAAGCUCCAAUGGUGACAAACAAAACCAAUGUUUUGUUCCUUUCCGGCGAACCAUGCCAAAAGACCAUCCCAGCUUCGGGUCACCGGCCUUCUACACCUCCUAAUCCUAACAGCCAGUGUUUUGACUUAACUCAGUCCUCCAAUUCGUCUUUGGAGGAUAAUUGUGAUGUACCUGGCCGCACAGAUGCUGGUGCCAUUGUUACCCAAGACCCAAAUGACGUCAUUGUAGCUUCUUCCAAGCUACAAAAGGGAUGGCCAACCAAGGAAGUACUUCUCUCCAGCCUCUUUUCAUGGUAUCACGACGCGAUCGGAGGUGAACCCAGGGAGACAUGGCUGGACCACUUUGGACAUUGA